GAACCUCUGCAGCUCCGUAGGUUUGGAAGGCUUAAAUCCAAGGUUGGAAAGGCUUCUUCCAUUCCAGAUGAUUUGCUGGCUUAAGCGCUUAAUUAGGAUGGCUUUUGAACAAGUUGGAUUAAACAUGGAAUCAGUGCUUUGGUCAAGCAAGCCUUACGGUUCAUCUCGAAGUAUUGUAAGAAAAAUUGGUACCAACCUCUCUCUUAUACAGUGUCCAAGAGUUCAGUUUCAGCUUACUUCUUAUGGCACAGAAGGAAAUCAUCUUAAUCAGCUUCGAGAAGAUGCAGUGGCUUCCUUUGCAGAUGUGGGAUGGGUUGCUCAAGAAGAAGGUGAAGUCUCUACAAGGCUCAGGUCAGAAGUUUGGUCAAAACCAGCCCAGCCUCUUUCAGGUGAACUACAUCAGUCUGGAAAGCCCCCACGCAGGCAGCUGUCCUUACAAAACCCAGUGGAAGAAGAACCAGUGUCCAGGAGCGCAGUGAUUGCGAAUGAAGAAGCUCUGCAGAAGAUCAGUGCUCUAGAAAAUGAACUCGCCACUUUAAGAGCACAAAUAGCCAAAAUCGUAAUCUUGCAAGAACAACAGAACCUGACAGCAG